AUGCACGCAGAUCUGAAUCGGGAGUCACCUGAAUUGCCAGCACCAACUAUGCAGGAGUCAGCGGUGAUUGGCCGCAGCUCCUCCGCUUCCUCUUCUUCUUCAUCGACUUCUGUUGAAGUUCAAGCCCCUAGUUCCAAGUCCGAAAUUGGAACGGCAACCAGCGGCAGCAGCAGCGUAAAUGGUGUCCAAGUCAAGGCCAGCGGGGAGGCUGCUGGUAGCAGUAGUAGCGGCGGCGGCGGGUCAGUGAACAACGGAGGCGCUGCCACACAGUCUACAUCAAGUGUCAAAGGCUCGGAACCAACUUCAAAUCAUCUUAGGUUGGAAAGAUCUAAGACUGAAAGGCAAAGACAUCACAACAUACUUGCUGAAGAUGCAGCACAAAUUUUUGAUAACAAGAUCCCUGUCCAGCAAAAGCUUCAAUUGUUGAACAGAAUUGCUACUGUCAAGGAUAAUGGAACUGUAGAAUUUGAAGUUCCAGGAGAUGUUGAGCCCCAAACUCUUGGUCUCAGAGGUGACGAUAUUUGCUCUGCAGCCACAGGGGAUGAGCCUCUCGAUGGAGCAGAACUUCAGUAUAUACCACCUUUGCAAAUAGUGAUGCUAAUUGUUGGUACACGUGGGGAUGUGCAACCAUUUAUUGCAAUUGGUAAACGGUUGCAGGAUUAUGGUCAUCGCGUCAGACUAGCAACUCAUUCAAAUUUUAAGGAGUUUGUCUUAACAGCAGGGUUGGAGUUUUACCCUUUAGGAGGAGAUCCCAAGAUUCUUGCUGGUUACAUGGUGAAAAAUAAAGGCUUCUUACCAUCUGGGCCAUCUGAGAUACCGGUGCAGCGAAAUCAAUUGAAAGAUAUAAUAUGGUCAUUGCUUCCUGCUUGUAAAGAACCUGAUAUAGAUUCUGGCAUCCCAUUUAAGGCAGAUGCGAUGAUUGCCAAUCCUCCAGCCUAUGGGCAUACUCAUGUAGCAGAGGCACUGAAAAUCCCAAUCCACAUAUUUUUCACUAUGCCUUGGACGCCAACAAGUGAGUUUCCGCAUCCUUUGUCACGGGUCAAGCAACCAGCUGGGUAUCGACUGUCUUAUCAAAUUGUCGACUCACUGAUUUGGCUGGGAAUACGGGAUAUGAUAAAUGACGUAAGGAAAAAGAAGCUCAAGCUACGGCCUGUUACCUAUCUUAGUGGUUCACAGGGUUCUGAGUUUGAUGUGCCACAUGCAUACAUUUGGAGUCCUCACCUUGUCCCUAAGCCUAAAGACUGGGGCCCAAGAGUAGAUGUGGUUGGAUUUUGCUUCCUUGAUCUUGCGUCAAAUUUUGAACCUCCUGAAGAACUCGUCAAAUGGCUGAAGGCUGGUCCAAAACCUAUCUAUAUUGGAUUUGGUAGCCUUCCAGUUCAGGAACCUGAGAAGAUGACGCAAAUUAUUGUAGAGGCAUUGGAACAAACUGGGCAGAGGGGCAUCAUUAACAAAGGCUGGGGGGGCCUAGGCAAUUUGGCAGAACCAAAGGACUCCAUAUAUCUCCUGGAUAACAUCCCUCAUGACUGGCUAUUCCUGCAAUGCAAAGCAGUGGUUCAUCAUGGAGGUGCAGGGACAACAGCUGCUGGCCUGAAAGCUGCAUGCCCAACUACAAUUGUGCCCUUCUUUGGCGACCAACCCUUCUGGGGCGAGAGAGUACAUGCUAGAGGAGUGGGCCCACCCCCUAUUCAAGUUGAGGAGUUCUCACUUCCUAAAUUGGUUGACGCAGUAAAGUUCAUGCUAGAUCCUCAGGUUAAGGAGAGGGCAGUGGAGCUGGCCAAGGCCAUGGAGAAUGAAGAUGGAGUGGAUGGAGCAGUGAGAGCGUUCUUGAAGCAUCUUCCCCGGAAAAAGAAGGGCGAGCCUGACCGAGUUGCAGAGCCAUCUAGCGUAUUCUCCUUCGGUAGAUGCUUCGGUUGUUCGUGA